AUGAUUUUAGGUCCUCGUCUUUUCAACUUCCUACCUGUCACUAGUGAAGCCAGCGAAGAAUGUCUAGUUUUUGGGCCAAUAAAUCGCGAACCUGAUGAAAAAUUGCAUCCUUGGAAAUAUGAGCGUAUGAACAGUGGAGUUCGUCGAUUUUUUCGUUUAUUUGCUUCUAUCAGUUCAACAAAUUUGUCUCCUCGUCGUCCAUCUGGAGCAAAAUGA